AUGGCGGACUCCGAAUUGCCCACUCGUCCCAAGCCCGAGGAAACCCCUGCCGCUCCCGCGGAAGGCGACUCUAAGAACGCGAGCAAGAAUGCGCUGAAGAAGGCGGCCAAGGAGAAGGCCAAGGCUGAGAAGGCUGCUGCCCGUGCAGCUCAAGAGAAGGCUCAGGCAGCGAUCGCAGCCGUUGACACCGCCAAGGAUCUGUACGGCCCUAUUCCCGAGACCGAGGACGUCAUCUCCACCCUUCGAUUCCGCGAGCUAUCAGAGGCAUACGCUGAGAAGGAGGUUACCGUGGUUGCCCGUGUGGAUAAUGCGCGUGUUCAGAGUGGUAAAUUGGCUUUCUUGAUGCUGCGCCAGCAAGGACAGAAGAUUCAGGCCGUUAUCGCGGCCCAAGAGCCUAUCUCGCGACAGAUGAUCAAGUACACCGGAGGUUUGAAUGUGAAUUCCAUUGUACAGGUCACCGGUCUGAUCAAAGUUCCGGCCGAGCCCAUCUCAUCUGCCUCUAUUCAGAACCUCGAGAUUCACAUCCGCAAGGUGUACAUGAUCUCCGAGGCCGCGCAGAUGCUGCCCAUGCAGGUCAAGGAUGCUGAGCGCCCGCCUCCCAUGGAGACCAACGAUGACAGCCCUCAGGUUGAUGCUGAGGGUGCUCCUAUUGUUACUCUGAAGACCCGUCUUGACAACCGUGUUCUGGACCUCCAGACCGAGACCAGCCAGGCCAUCACCUGGAUCUCCAGUGGUGUCGCCGAGCUUUUCGCCGAGUACAUGAUCAAGAGUGGCUCUCGAUGGAUCUUCACUCCCAAGCUCGUCGGCUCUGCCACUGAGGGUGGCAGCAACGUUUUUGAGGUCAAGUACUUCAAGCGUAUGGCCUACCUGGCCCAGUCUCCCCAGCUAUACAAGCAAAUGUGCAUUGCUGGUGACAUGGAAAACGUAUUCGAGAUUGCCCCCGUGUUCCGUGCGGAGGACAGCAACACGCACCGCCAUUUGACUGAGUUCACCGGUCUCGAUUUCGAGAAGACUUUCCAGAACCACUACCACGAGGUGCUCGACUUCGCCGAGGACCUUUUGGUUUUCAUCCUCUCCCAAAUGAAGGAGCGCUACGCUGCCCAGAUCGCUAUCAUCCAGAAGUCCUACCCCAAGGCUGGAGACUUCAAGCUGCCCAAGGACGGCAAGGCGCUGCGUUUGAACUACAUGGACGGUGUUGCUCUGCUGAAGGAGGCUGGCGUUGAUAUGUCUGAGCAGGAGCGCUUUGAGAACGACUUCUCUACCGCGAUGGAGAAGCAGCUUGGUCAGAUUAUCCGCGAGAAGUACGAUACCGACUUCUACGUGCUGGACAAGUUCCCGAUGGCUGUUCGUCCCUUCUACACUAAGGCCGAUCCCAAGGAUCCCCGCUUCUCCAACUCCUACGACUUCUUCAUGCGCGGUGAGGAGAUUAUGUCGGGAGCUCAGCGUAUCCACAACAUCGACGAGCUGGAGGCAUCGAUGCGUUCCAAGGGUCUGGACCCCACCCAGGAGGGCUUCGAGGACUACCUCAACGCUUUCCGUCAGGGCUGUCCCCCUCACGCCGGUGGUGGUCUGGGUAUGAACCGUAUAGUUAUGUUCUUCCUGGGUCUGCCCAACGUGCGGUUGACGUCUCUGUUCCCUCGUGACCCUCAGCGUCUGCGCCCGUGA